CGAGAAAACCGUGAGGAGAGUGUAUAGAGUAGUAGUAGUCCACGGCAUUACGGCACGGCGCCGCUCGAAAUCCCCACACUCCCAAUUAUACCUCCCUCUUCGUCUUCUUCCUCGACCCAAGGCCAGAUCAGAUCGGACCAGAUCGCCUCCGCUUCCAGUUCCAGUUUUGAUUUUGAUUCCCACCUUGAGACGAGGAUGGCGAUCGUGUACGCGCUGGUGGCGCGGGGAACGGUGGUGCUGGCGGAGUUCGCCGCCGUCACGGGCAACGCCGGUGCGGUGGCCCGCCGGAUCCUCGAGAAGCUGCCGUCAGAGGCGGAGGCGCGCCUCUGCUUCGCGCAGGACCGCUACAUCUUCCACGUCCUUCGCUCCCCCGCCGACGGCCUCACCUUCCUCUGCAUGGCCAACGACACCUUCGGACGGAGAAUUCCCUUCAUAUACCUGGAGGACAUCCAGAUGAGGUUCAUGAAGAACUACGGUAGGGUUGCACACUCUGCACUGGCCUAUGCCAUGAACGACGAGUUCUCCAGAGUGCUCCACCAGCAAAUGGAGUUCUUCUCCAGUAACCCCAGUGCCGACACGCUCAACCGCCUCCGUGGCGAAGUCAGCGAGAUACACACUGUCAUGGUUGACAACAUCGAGAAGAUUCUGGACAGAGGCGACCGCAUCUCUCUUCUUGUGGACAAGACCUCCACCAUGCAAGACAGCUCUUUUCACUUCCGCAAGCAAUCCAAGAGGCUUCGCAGAGCUCUUUGGAUGAAGAAUGCCAAGCUUCUAGCUGUGUUGACGGCCGUCAUUGUGCUUCUACUUUACUUGAUCAUUGCUGCUUUCUGUGGAGGCCUCUCCCUUUCAUCAUGCAGAUCAUGAGUUGCUGUUGAUCUACCUUGUUUCAAGCUUUAAUACUGGGGGACAGUGCAUGCCAUGUUGAGUGAGUCUGGUUUGCUUCCAGAGCUAAAAAAGGAUGCUUUGUUCAAUAGAAGUGAUGUCGAUCUUUGAGUAGAGGCAGAUGGUGUUUUGGUCAUACUGGUCGAUAUGAAAUGUUUGUACAAAACAGGUCUAUAUGUACAGUAUUGUCGUUUGUUGUUUCCGAAGCCUGAACAACAAGGUGUCGUGUCGGCGUUACACUUUGUUGUAUAUCUUCCUGUUGUGGCUGUGGAUGAAUGGAGUAUCUUGCUUCUUUUGCUGCUAUUGUGCUUGUGAAUGGAGUACAUGCAUCUUUGAA